AUGCUCGGGCCGCGGCGCACCAUGACGUCGCCUUUGCGCAGUCGUGACGUCGGCGGGCGCUGCGCAGACUCACGGUCCAUAGCCCGCGAGCUGACGGCAGCGGCCGCGCGAGCAGAACGUGGCUUUGGAGCGGAGUCCGCCGCCGCCAUGAACGGCCACCGCAGAGCCCGCAAGUCCUCCCGCGCCAAAGGCCGAGGCAAAGGCCGCGCCCAGGCCCGAGUGCACGCUGCUCCCGACGGGGCGCCGCCCGCGGCGGUAGAGGGCAACAUGGAGUCCCUCCGCAUGGUGCAGCAGAAGCUGGAGACCCUGAGCGCGCAGGCCGGCCGGGCCUACCUCAAGCUCUCGCGCAAGGUCGGGCAGCUGAGAUCGCCGCGCCUGGAGAGCCGGAGCGGCCUCCUCGAGAACAUCCCCGGCUUUUGGGGGCAAGCGUUCCGAAACCACCCCCAGCUCUCCGCCUUCCUCAGCAGCCGAGAGAAAGAGGUGCUGAGCUUUUUGAACGGCUUGGAAGUGGAGGAGCUUCACCGCGCUAGACUGGGCUACAAAAUCAAGUUCUACUUCGGCCCUAACCCCUAUUUCCAAAACAAGGUGCUCAUCAAGGAAUACGGGUGCGGUCCUUUCACUGGGGUGAUUUCUCUUUCUACUCCAAUCCAGUGGCUCCCGGGACACGAUCUGGACUCCAUGAGUCAGGGAAACGUAGAAAAGAACCGUAGCUUCUUCGGGUGGUUUGUAAGCCACAGUUCCAUUGUGUCUGACAAGAUUGUGGAGAUCAUCAACGAGGAACUGUGGCCCAAUCCCCUGCGCUACUACCUUCUGAGUGAAGGAGCCCGCGGAGAGAAAGCAAAGGAAAGCGGGCCAGGUCUGGCACAGGAAGGCAGGCCAGAUCCGGCAAACGAAGGCAGGCCAGGUCCAGCACAGGAAGGCAGGCCAAAUCCCGCAAACAAAGAUAGGCCAGGUCCAGCACAGGAAGGCAGGCCAAGUCCAGCAAACCAGCCGGUGGAGACCCCUACGUCUACGAUGAAACCAUCCAACUGAUCCUGUGCAAGUCUCCCUGCUACCUCCUGUGGGACCUGUUCCUGGCUCUCUACGUGUUUGCUUGGCUGUCUGUGUUCUCUUCAUCUUGGCUUCUAUGUGCUGUAGUCCGCUUGGACUUUAGCGGGAAUAUGGCACUUAGGAUCAUGUUCUUGGUUGGGCCUCUCUGUGGCCGUCUUGUUUUUUUACAGUAGUGUCACAUGUUAGGUGCUCUCACCCGGUUGUAUGUUAAGCACUUGUACUUCAUAUGUACUGCCUCUCUGUACUUUGCCUGGACCCUGUUGUUGGCCCUGGAACUCGCACUUGUCUUUAACACAAACAUUCUCAAGUCAUUCUUCAGGACGGCCAGAGCACCCUGGAGCUCUGGUGCUUCAUGGCCAGUGACUUGCCGGGCUUCAAGUUCAUGCUGGCCAUGCGCAUUAUCAGUGGAAAGCUUUACUGUUACCACUGCAAAAUUAAGCCAGUGCAAGUGCGUAGCCAGCACUUGUUGUUACGCAGAUCUUGGAGCAGCAGCUGAGGUGCCACCUGCCUUAUCUCCAGCUUUGGCCGGCAGAAUGGCCCUUGACUGCUGGGCAUUGGUGGGCGGUACGCGAUGUCUUCUCCACCGUCGUGUGUCUUCUUGCCUCUGGACGUGUCUGCUGGUGAACCUUGGAUGUCUGGCUGUGCCUGGUGACUGGCAGACCUUUAAAUUUUGUCUAGGUUGUUAUCGGCCCUCACAGGCUUCCUCGUCAACAACAGGACCUCGGGAGCUGCCUGUGGACUCAAGCACCUGCCUUCCCCGGACUUCAGGCAUCUUACUGGCUGAGACUGAGGGGUGGGCUGGUAUGUAUGGACACAUACUCAUUGUCUUGGUGCUGUGGCUGCAGGUGAGGGUGGGCCGGGGUCCCACGUUUGGCAGCUAAAUAGCUUUGUAAACUUCUCUUAUUUCCCCUAAGGUAUGACCAGGGUACUCUGACGGAGGUACUGUGGAGGAGGUGUUUCGCAUCUGUGGACUGCUCUCUACUUGCUUUAUCUCACAUCUCCAUGGCACUGCCUUGACUUCCAGACCUCUCUCCCACUGUACCUUUCCACUUUCCCUCUUGCCUCCUCUUCCUGCCACCUUCCUUUUCCCCAUGCCCCUUUCCUUUUUUAUUUUUUUGAAUUUUUAAAAAUAGUACUACAGCUUAGAGAAGAGAUAAAGCAGGGUUUUCUACAUAGAGACCCAUACAGCUGGGGACCCCUAUGCAUACUCUCAUGCUAGGCUGAAAUAGUCAAGGAAACCAAAAGGCCAAGUAGGUUUGUGGUCAGACUCUGAUCCUCAUUCCUGGGUCCUGUUCUAUAGUUUUGAAGUUGAAAAGACAAGGCAACUGUGUUGUAGACGAGUGUCUACUCUUUUUUUUUUUUUUUUUUUUUGUUAGCACUAGGUGUUUAAACUCAAGGCCUAUGCACUUAGAACCUCAGCCCUUUGUUUGUGUGUGUGAGAGGGGAUCUCAUUAAAUUGCUACAUUGCCCAGGCUGGGCUCAUACUUGCAGUCUUCCUGCUUCAGCCUCCCACACUGCUAGGGUUAUAGUCUGUUCUUGUUCUCACUUUUGUGUACAUGUUCCUGAAGAUCCAGGGGCCUCCUGCUGUCUCUUCCUUUGUAGUGGUUGCAGCCGCCUGGAUCAUCAGCCGCAGCUUUCCCACUCUGGCAGUCCUUUGCUCUGAAUCUUCAAAUGCCUGCAGGAGUAGGCAUUUGUCUCCACUGUGGAGGAUUCCAGAGUGCACCUAGGGCAUGGAGAAUCUGUUCUAGACUUUCAGGUUAUUUCCAGUAGAUGGGCAAGCUGAGCUGGGCCCACCCUGCCCAGGCUAGUGCACCUCCUCUUUCCCCCUCAUCCCUGGGGGUGGAAAGGAGGAUUAGGUCUAUAUCUGUGCUCCCCCCCACU